AUGUCAGGAAUCCCAGUCAAAAGUUUCUACAGCCAGUCCAAACAGAAAUAUGGGCCAGCUUUACCCAGAGCUAUACUGACUGUAGAUCCAGACAGUACUGUGUUCACUGGAGAGUCAGUCACUCUGAAGUGUGAGAUUACUGGUUAUGAUGGAUGGAGAUAUCAGUGGUUUAAAGGCAGCAGUAGAACUGCCGUCUUAAAGUCUCAGCGAAACACCUUCACCUUCAUCGGUUCAGCAGCAGAUCAGGAUCAGUACUGGUGUAGAGGAUUGAGAUACUAUACCAGACCCAUAUCAUCACAGGACAGUAAUAAAAUUACACUUACAGUCAGAGAGGUACAAAACGCUGUGGUGUCCAUAAAUCCUGAUAAUCAGGUGUUCAGAGGAGAGACUGUCAUUCUCAGGUGUGACCUACAGGAAGGCGGAGGCACUGAGUGGAGAUACAACUGGUAUAAGAAUGGAAACACAGUUUACUCAGAUAUCACCUCACAGGAGAUCAGACUCAGCAGUGUUUCAGAGUCAGACAGUGGUGAAUACGCCUGUAUAGGGAAAAUAGCAGGAACCCAACGCUACUCGCACUACAGUUCUGCUGUUAUACUGACUGUAUCAGAUUUACCCCGAGCUACACUGACUGUAGAGUCCAGGUGGAGACCCGUGUUCACUGGAGAGUCAGUCACUCUGAAGUGUGAGAUUACUGGUUAUGAUGGAUGGAGAUAUCAGUGGUAUAAAGGCAGCAGUAGAACUGCCGUCUUAAAGUCUCAGAUCAACACCUUCACCUUCACCAUCAGUUCAGCUGAAGAUCAGGAUCAGUACUGGUGUAGAGGAAUAAGAGACAACAGACCCACAUCAUCACAGAACAGUAACAGAGUGGAUCUCUCUGUUAAAGUUACAACUCCUUCGGUCACUCUGAUCGUCAGUCCCAGCAGAUCUCAACACUUUACUACUGACUUUCUCUCACUGAUCUGUGAGGGACAGAGUGACUCUACUGGAUGGAGAGUGAGACGAUACUCACUCAGUGAGAGUAAGGUGUCAGAUUGUUCAUCAGGCUGGGGAUCAGUUACAGGAUCUACAUGCAGCAUCAGCUCCCUCUACACAUCCCACACUGGAGUGUACUGGUGUGAGUCUGAAUCUGGAGGAAGCAGCAGUCCUGUUAACAUCACAGUGGACGAGGGAGAUGUAAUUCUGGUGAGUCCUGUCCAUCCUUUGACUGAGGGAGAUCCUCUGACUCUACACUGUUUAUUUCUCUACACAAAGCCCUUAGACCUCACAGCUGAUUUCUAUAAAGAUGGAUUAUUACUCCAGACCCAGACUACAGGAGAGAUGACCAUCCCUACUGUCUCAAAGUCAGAUGAAGGUCUCUACCACUGUACAAUCCUACAGAUUGGAGAGUCUCCACAGAGCUGGAUCUCAGUCAGAGGUUUGCAUCUAAAAUAG